GCGGAUCUCGACACACUACUAUAGCGCCAUGUAGGUGUGUGGUGCCCAUUGUCCAGCAGGGCCUCGGCGCUACUGUCUUCAUUGCUACCACCAAGAGUCGCUGUAAAAACAAACAUAUACCAAAAGACUGAUUGUAUUCAUAUGAGAGUGGCCGAGGCAUGCGCCGUCGCGCGCAGCUGCAAAGGUGCGCUGACUGCGCAGCAUUGCUCCAGAAGCGCCAGCUUGACUUGGAGGCUACAGUUCGUUUUCGACUGCCCGUCGUUGUUCGCGCAAUACUCCCGUGCAAGUGCGUCCGAGCAAAAUUCCAAUAACAUUCGUAUUGUCAACGUCGAGGAGCGGCUAUUGUUGGCACGAACCAGUCCGUCGAACGCGUGCGCACUGCAGUACGGAGAAAACCUAUGGCUGGACAUGCUGGACAGGGCAGGGGCCAAGCACGCCGUCUUCAAUACUCGGCAGAUCUAUCCGGACGACUUGAUGACAAAAUUAGCCGCGGCGCUCGCCGCGCACACGUGCGAGACGGUCGACAGCGUUAUGCAAUACUUUGGCAAGUGCUUCGUGCGCUUCUUCAAUAAUCUCGGGUACGGAUACACGGUGAAAGCGACGGGUCGCUACUUCUGCGACUUUCUGCAGAGCGUCGACAACAUCCACAUGCAGAUGCGCUUCGCUUAUCCGAAAAUGAAGAGCCCCUCGAUGUACCUGACCCAGGUCGACCGGGAGGGAGUGGUGCUCGUCUACCGGAGCACGAGGCAAGGCUUCACUCACUACUUCAUGGGACAACUCUACCAGAUAGCCGAGGAGCUUUACGAGACCGCGCUAGGCAUCCGAGUGCUCGAGAGCUCCAACAGCAUCCCGGGCACGAGAAGCGUGAUGGUCAAGUUUCGCAUCGACUUCGACAACAGCAAUUACGUGGCGAAAAACGACAGAAUUCAGAGGCCGGUCGGGCGCGAGCUGCCGCCAGUCUCGUGCUCGCUGCUCCUCGGCCUGUUCCCGUUCGCCGUGGUGCUCGACCGGGACAUGCGCAUCGUGGACGCCGGCGACAAACUGCUGCAGGCUUGGGCCGGUGGCUCGACCCUGUCGGGCAAGCAGGCGCCCGACGUGUUCAAGCUUCGCCGACCCAAGGGCGUCUCCUUCACCUGGGACAACGUGAUGGACCUGCGCUCGGUGACUUUCGAGUUGGAGCUGAUCAAGUGCGCGGAGCCGGAGAGGGUCAAUGGCGUCGACGGGGCCGACGGUACCGACGGGGCCAACGGGGCCGACGGGGCCGACGGGGCCGACGGGGCCGAGCGCGUGGUGGAGGAGCAGGGCCCAGCCGGCGAGCGCUCGGCGUUGGAUCGGCGUGGCAGCCAGGGCGCGCGCAACCUGCUGUUCAAGGGCCAGAUGCGCUACAUCGACGACAUCGACGCCAUCAUCUUCCUCUGCAGCCCCCUGAUCGACAGUCUGGCAGAGCUGCCGAGCAUGGGCCUCUACCUGAACGACCUCAACCCGCACGGCCUCAGCCGAGAACUGGUGCUCGCCGGCUGGCAGCACUGCAGCAGGCUCGAGAUCAUGUUCGACAAAGCGGAGCUGCGCUCCAUGGAGCUGGAGCAGAGCUACGCGCUGCUCGACCGCUGGAAGAUCAAAACCGACGAGCUGCUGUACUCGAUGAUUCCGCGGAGCGUGGCCGACCGGCUGCGGGCCGGCGCCGGUCCGCUGAGCACUUGCCAGUCGUUCGAGUCCAUAUCUGUCUUGUUCUGCGAGCUCUGCGACUUGAACUACUCGACGAUCGAGGACGUGAUGGACAUCGUGACGUCGAUGAACGCCGUUUACUCCUGCUUCGACAGCCUCAUGGACCAGUUCAACGUGUACAAGGUAGAGACGGUGGGCCGCGUCUACAUGGCGGCCAGCGGGGCUCCCGAUCGAGCGGACGAUCACGCGGUCAACGUGGCCGACGUCGCCCUGCAGCUCGUCUCGCAAGUUCGCUCGCUGUCGCUGCCCUCGGCACGGGACAUUCAAGUUCGCAUCGGUCUGCACUCGGGGCCCGCGGUCGCCGGCGUCGUGGGCAUCAAAGUGCCGAGAUACUGCUUCUUCGGCGACACCGUCAACACCGCUUCUAGGAUGCAAACUACUAGCCUGCCGGGCAGAGUGCACAUAUCGCCCAGCAUCAAGGCCCUCCUGCCGGAGGAUCGUUACGUUAUCGAGCCCCGAGGUGUGGUUUCUGUCAAGGGCAAAGGCAACAUGGAAACGUUCUGGCUUUACCCGGGCAGCGGCACUCGACGCGCCUCGCUUCAGUCGGGAUCGGCCGCUCGGCCGACCACGCUGGAGCUUCCACAGCUACGCCAGCCGGCAGGCCCCGUCGACCGCGAUGCGACGUCGGCACAGCCGCGUGAAUAAUUGCACGUCACACGUUCUCGCAUCAAUUCUUAUUCAGCACAUAUUAUUCUUAUUUACAAUAUUCGAGAGUACAAACACUAAAAAUAAAUAAUCUUCAUGCGUGUACGCGUGUGCGUUUCGUGUAUGUGUAUAUAUACAUCAUUCGGUCACUCGAAGAACGGAAUCAAGCGACGGCGGCGUGGCAGUAGACCUUAGGCGGAGUCAGAGGGGCAUGACGGGUGGAUCCGAGCAGUAGCAGGCGUCCUCGGUGUUGCGCGUGAUCCAGGAGACGACGCCUGCGAAGCGGAAGCGAGAAGCGUGAGCG